GCGUGCCGGUGCCGCGACGGAGCUCGGAAGCGCGCCGCCGCGAUGAACGUUCAGCAGGCGCUGCGCGUGGAGAAGGCAGUGGACCAGGCGGACGCGAUCCCGCUCCGCAUGGGCAAGGACAAGAACGUGAGGCGACCGUCGUGGGACGAGGGGUUGCUGCUUGACUGCGCGAGCCCGGCCGCAGCGGCCCAGGUUUUGACUAUUGGGAACGACGACAUUCUGAUGACCCUCUGCAAGUGGUGCGAUCGGCAGAAGCGGGCGGAGCCCCGUCCAGCGUUCAAGGGCGCGUGCCUGAAGAUCGAGCCUGGCAAGGCAGCUGUGGAGAUGAAAAAGAGCCCCGAGGUCAACUGCUACGCGUGCGUGUACUUAUCCAUCAAGUUCAAGCCCCCCGCGGCAGACGCGGAAAGGUACGACCUCAUGAUGGCCGCCCUCUACGGCGACGACGCGGGGUCCAAGGAUAUCGAGGGCAAUGGCGAGGCCUUGGCGCCGAUGCGCCAGUGCGCCAGCGGCAGCCGCCUCGCGUGCGAGUUCGAAGAGGAAAAG